AUGUAAUCUGUUGGAGUAUUUAUAGGUUGUUGGCACGGAAGUGAUCAAGUGGUGAAGUGAAAUAAUCCUUAAAAAUGGUGCUCAUUUAACCUAUUUCAGUGUAUAUAUAGGUAAAAAUAGACCCCUUCAUAAUGAUGGCUUGUUCCACUAGCCAAUAAUUUGACAAACAUGAGUGAACAAACGAUUCUUUAACCCAAAUUAUUAUCUCAUGUUUGAAACAGUCCAGUUUAUGUGGAAAACACAUCCCUCAAAGCAAAAUUUCAGGGUAUCCAUAAAUCCGUAAAAAUGCCAGGAAAAAUCAAAGUUCGGAUCCUGGCAGGAAGAAAUUUGCCAGUUAUGGAUCGUUCUGGUGAUACAACUGAUGCUUAUGUGGAGAUUAAAUUUGGAAAUACAACUUACAAGACUGACGUCUGCAGAAAGACUCUCAAUCCUCAGUGGAACUCUGAGUGGUACAGAUUUGAAGUUGAUGAUGCUGAACUGCAGGAUGAACCCCUGCAGCUCAGAUUAAUGGAUCAUGACACGUAUUCUGCUAAUGAUGCUAUUGGUAAAGUUUAUUUGAAUCUCAAUCCCUUGUUGCUGCCUGGUUUACCUCCACCUGUUAAGAACAUUUGGACCUUGGAAGCUGCACUUAGUUCGAGCACUGGAUCUCAGGGAGGUUCUGUCAUGACAGGCUGGAUCCCUGUGUUUGAUACAAUGCAUGGAAUCCGAGGGGAAGUUAGCAUCAUCGUCAAAGUAGAGUUGUUUUCAGACUUCAAUAAAUUUCGACAGUCAUCGUGUGGGGUUCAAUUCUUUUAUUCGCCGAACGUUCCCCAAGGGUAUCACGUACAGGUAAUUCACGGAUUCGUGGAAGAGCUCGUUGUGAGUGACGAUCCAGAGUACAAGUGGAUCGAUAAAAUAAGGACACCACGAGCAUCGAACGAAGCCCGCCAGACAUUGUUUAUCAAGCUCAGUGGGGAAGUUCAGAGAAAAAUAGGUUUAAAAGCGCUGGAUCUCGGUGGGAACGCCGUGAUUGGAUACUGCCAGAAUUUCGACUUGGAAGGGGAAUCAGGAAUAGUUGCGCGUGGUAUAGGUACUGCAGUCACCCUCAUGAAGCUGCAGGACAUCAGUAGCGUUCUAAAUGACAGUCAGAACGUUGAAGACCUUUCGUAUUUGAUUUCACAAUCUAAAAACCUACUCGAAUGUUCAGAGAGUGACGAUGGUUUGCCCUUGCUUCCAAAUUUGCCAAGUUCCUUCCCCCGUUCCCAAAUGAGUUUUCAAUCCACGAAGAUUGGGAGCCAUUUCCCAAAGAGCGAGUGGAGUAAGACGGCUGGGCCAGCCAUGCGAAUUUCUGAAUACACCCCGAAUACUCUCAGACGACAUAUGUCGUUGCAGAGUAGUCCUUUAGGAAGGCUCACCAAAUUGGGAGCCUUAUCAACCCAAUCAUUGUCAGACGAAUUGAUAAGCGAGUCCUCUUUGAAAGCAAUGCUGGCUCUAGAGGAUAUGAGGGGUGAGAGAACCUCAGCCUUUUCUCGAGGCCUGAAGAACCUGAGGUACUUGCCCAAAAGGAUGAUUCAGAUGAAAUCGAAGAUCUCUGAUUCUGUCGACGAAGAGAGUGAUGAUUCAACUUACUCCAGCACUUGGUCAGUAGCUGGAUCAGACUCCACUCGAUCGUCGUUCUCUGAAUUGAGACGGUCUUUGAAGAAAAAAAAAUUUACGCAUAAAAAAAAUCAGCCUGAUGGCGUUGCAGCCAUGCUUAUCAGAUCAGUCCAUGCUGGAUUUACUCUCGACAGUGUUCUUGAAGAUCAUGAGACCCCAACUCCGUCGCCAGUUAAUUACUUAGAGGAUUUUGAGGAUCAGAGCGAUGGAUUAAGACCUCUCUGUACUUUAAACGAUGGGAAUUGGAAUGAAGAAGCUGGCGAAGAGAGUUCGAUUAAGGAAAAUAUCAAAAGCAAUAUUUUCACUGGUGAUAAAAAGAGUUAUGAUUACACAGAGGGACAUGUUCCGAUGAUAUCUUCCUCAGAAACUGAUACCUCAACAUCGGAUGAAUCCGAGCCUUCGGAGUCCAGUACUAAUUAUAAUAUUCUUGAUGAUUCAUUCACACUGGCUAGUGAAAUAUCGAUGUUAAAGAUGAAUCCGACCGAAUCUGGAUCUUUUGAGGAGAAAGAGUCGUUGAAUGGUAGAGUUGUAAAUAGUAGCACUGAUUAUAAUAUUCUUGACAAUUUGUCUUCCCUUGGCAAUGAAUCUAUUAUCGGCCAAUUGAAUGAAAUUACAUCAGAAGAAAUAGUGGAGAUCGACCGAGUAAACUCUGAAGAGACUAAAGUAUUCAAAUGCCUUGAAGAAAAAGAAGCGGAGGAACUGGACGACUUUAACAAAGCACUCGAACGAGCGAAGCAAAACUCGUUUCCAGAGGGGUUAAUCCUGGAUUGUGACUUUAGGCCCCAUGAAAGUAUUCUCCCUCUGAUAUCUCCUUCAUUAUCAACCUUAACAACUGGCUCACAAGCCUCAUAUCCAGCUCCCCUGGAAGACGGCUCGCCGCCUCUGCUAAGAACCUCUCCUAGCUUCAAGCUUAAACUACUUGGAAAACAGAAUAAUAUUGAUAGUAUUGAUGACACCACGUCAUAUCUCGCAGCAAGUACUCCUGUGGAAGUUCAAAAUGAGAUUCUGCCACCAGAAACUAGAGAUACAAUAGAAGGGAGCUCUCCAACUUCCUCAACUCACGAGAAGUCAUUGGAAUCCGAAUUAACAACAGCAAACAUCACUAAAAAUAUUUCCCUUUUGAAUAAAAUAUGGGACGUACCUUUGAUCGAUCUGAACAAUGUGGAGUUUAGUUCCAAAGUACAAAACCACCCAGAAGUUAUCGGAGUCGUUCGAAAAGCGAAGCCGUCGUAUUCGUCCCCAAAAAAUUCAGAUAGUUCAACGGAAAAAAUAUCCUCAGUCCCAUAUGAAAAAUAUUUAUUAAAUAGUCGUUCUUCAGAAACGAAAAACCCACACGAAAAAAAGGAGAAGGGGGCAAAGAAAGUGUCGAGAACUGAAACCGUGAUUUAUAAAGGGCCUCCUAAGAUAAAACCAAAGCCCCAUGUCCCAGAGAAUCAACCAUCGACCUCCAAAAAAAAUCCAGAUACAGAGGCACGACUGUCACGACCAGCAAUCGUAAUUGGCCCUGCACAAUCUGACAACUCUCACCUUAAGCCACCAGCACCUCUCGCCCUAGACGUGAACAUUCACACUCCGUAUAUGGUACAGAUUUCAAAUCCUUCAGAAUUUCCGUUGCCAUUUCCCCAAGAACACACUAUAGAAGCACAGUUGGUAAGCGAGAGAUUCAGGAAGAAAUACCGCCAGCACUGUAUGCUGGAUUUGAUUAGGAUAAUAGACCUGAAAAUGAUGGGGCACCGCAUGCAUAUUGAUCGAAAGGAUUCAACGAGAAGCAGAAAAAGGCAUGGUCACAAACAUGUCAAUUCAACUCCAUCACCGGAGUUAAUUCACCGUGCAAGAUUGCAUAGGAAGAACUCAAGAUCAAAAUCUCCGGAGAAAUCUCACCACCACCACCACUCUCACCAUAAUCAUCAGAUCUCACCUUUAGCGAUACACUCUCUGAAUUCUUCUAAAUCUCCUAAAAGUCCACAGUCUCCUGUAGAUUUCCCUUCAAGACAUGUUUCCAACGUUAUCGAGCUCCAUUCGCUCAUUCCCAGAGAGAAAUUAAUCCCUUGUGAAAAAACCCAUGAUCAUCAUGAGCUCAGAUCCUAUCUAUCUAACGAACUACCACAGCAAAUAAAUGAUGAGUCAAAUGAGACCAUUGCCCUGUGUGUCAUUAAAAAAUCAACUAAUGCUGGGUGUUUGAAUCCUAGAGAUAUUGACACCUCGAGGCAAAAGAGUCACAGUGAGGAAACUUUGGAGUAUAUACAAUGCCCUUUAUCAAUAACUAAUAUUACUAACCUAUCUAAAAUGACUGACGAUACGCGUGUGGCCUCUCCACCUCUUACUCCCAGACUGCAGGAGGAGUCGUCGAGUCCAGUCAAUCCCCCAGUAUUUCCGGCCUCUGUUGGAUCCAAAGGGAUCAACACACCAGCAGCUAAGCUACCCGCACCACUUCAUCGAAGAUCCAGCGAUUCUGAUCUCAGUAUCACACCCAAGGGAUUUUGUAAAUUCUUUCACAAACUUUCAACUCUACAACUAACAACAGGACAUACACCUCCAUUGGAUGUACUCAAACCUAUCCUUCAAACAGAACGUAAUGGGAACUCAUUGGCUGGUAGUGACAGGUCCAUGGGAGGUCAUUUCAAACCGUCAACGGCGAUUGUUAGAACUAUGAAUCAAGAUACCCUAGAGAUGCUCGAGUAUCCCUUUAUCACAAUGCAAUACUAUCCACCUGGAUUCAUUUUGCAUCUAGGUGGUUUAGUCAGUGCAAGAUCAGUUAAGUUGAUAGAGAGAAUUACGAAUCUGGAAGAGCCCGAGGGCCGUGACGCCUGGUGGAAGGAGAUUAGAAUGGAAGUUCGAUCUCACGCUCGUGCACUUGGCUGCAACGUUGUUCUCGGUUAUAAAGAAGAGAUUAGUAUAUGUGACGAUGUCUGUGUGCUCAAUGCCUCGGGUACAGCAGCGGUCAUCAACCUCUUGAAUACGAGUCAAGAUCAAGAGCUAGUACUGAAUAAAACAGAAAAGCCGUCAAUGCCAAAUCCCAUCGACAACGAUAAAGAGAAAAAUUUACAAAAAAACGUUUUAACUAAAAAUGAAAAGAGUGAGGAAGUGUCAGAUGUUGCUUCUCAGAACCAAACAGCUAAAAUUCAAUGUAUUUCAGAUUUCAACGAUCAUGAAACACUUCAUGUACCGUCUCAAAGUGCUUGCAGCCUGUGUCAUCUUCCCUACAAUGAAUCAAGUGUGCCUUUCAGAGUUGAUGUAUCAAAAUGUGUAAUAUGUAGACGACACAGUGUACCCGAUGUAUUAUUCACGACAAUUGAGUUACCAGAUAAUAUACCAACAACUGGACGCGGUUGCUUUCUCCAGGCGACUGUCUGUAAAAAUAAGAAAGAUCUGCGGGGUGAAUUAAACGCCAAAGAGAUAUCAGACUGUUUACCAUUUUUAGAAUAUGAGUUGCACAGUUUAUUGUUGAAUAAGCUCAAAGUUAAAGGUAUGAAUGCCAUUUUUGGAUUAAAAGUCCAAGUUUCGAUUGGAGAGAGGCUUGUUAUUGGUAUGGCUGUGGGUACUGCUGUUUUUUUGACUGCUUUACCCAUACCUAGUAUCCCGAAAAUAGCAUCUGGUAAUUCGUGGCAUAAUGAGGAACAACUUGCCGAAAUACAGAAGAAUCUCAUUGAAACUGUCAAGAAAAAUCGAGAGUAUUACCGCCUUAAACCCCCCACUGAUAUAGAAAAUAGCCGAGCAGUCACGACCUCAGACACCGAUGAAUCCGAUGAAGACCUCCCUGAUCUCGAUCUAGGAGCAGGGACAAAGGAUGCUUGUAUCUUAGAAGUAGAUGAUGUUGAGGAUAUGGAUCGAAUAAAUCUGUUAAUGGACGACAGACCACCUGAUGAUUUUCAUGUUGUAAAUACUCAAAGCAUCCCUGGCCUGGAAGAUUUGGAAAUAGUUAGGAAUCUUCAGAUGUUCACUCAAAUAUCGAGGGCUAAGAUCCCCGCUGGACAAUUUGCCUCGAUGCCUUCCAAGUAUUUCGCUAGAAUUCUUCAAACUAUCUUCUUUAAACUUAGGAGAAUGGUGCCGUGUGCCCUCUGUGAUAUGCAAUUUAAAGUGGCACUACCUGAACAGGAUGAAAUACAGCUAACAGUUGUGGGAAUGGCUUUGGGAUUGGGAGAGCCCACGAAGACAAGUAGAUAUAAGAAAAAGGGCGUUAAUAACUCCUCCAGCAGAGAUCAGUUGAAAAAAUCAGACGAUAAUGAUUUGAUAUUCAGUCUCGAUGAAGAUCAUGCUGAGAAUCCCAGCAGUUCCGACGGCCAAGGGGCGACGAAUCCUUCGUUAACUUCGAUUUCCAAUUCACCGUUGAUGCAUCCCAAUCCGAAGUGCGUUCGACCCAAGUCUCCGUUGAAGAGCAGGGCGCACCAGCACAAGUACAAGCAUAUGCCUUUGAAAGAGCGAUAUGGCGUGGAUAUAACACCCCUGUCAUAUCUACCCGGUGGAAGAAUCGAGAGGUACUUAGGAAACUUGAAUUUCUUCUUUAUCAGAGAGAGUACGUCAAUUAGAGAGAAUGGUGGACUCAGUGGAUUCACUCACAGUUUCGUGACCGAGGUAUUGGCGAUUGUUCGCGCUCACAUUACAGCGCUCGGGGGCAACGCUAUGGUCGCAUUUUUCAUGAUGCAGUGCGUACUGCAACACAGUUCACACAAGAACCAGGGCCAGUGUCUAAUCAAUGUCGGUGGUGAUGUUGUAUCUGUAUCUUAUUUUGGCGAUGAGAGACACCACCAAAAUGGCUGACAGCAACCACCCUACUCAGCCCCACCCUGAGACGGGGGAUUAUCGUUCGACAUACCGACGAUUAAUUGAAUAUCACUGAGGAGAAAAGGAGACAAAUUAAGUGUAUUCAGUAACACAUAGUGUCGUGAUGAGAGUGCCACUUGUAUUUGUGAAGUGCGAUACUUAAUCAUGUAUAUUUUUUUAGCAAAAAACUUAUUGUAUUUUAGAGAAGGAUUUUCCAUGGUCUUUUUGAGGAAUGAUAGUUGAGGAAUCUUAAUCACAAUUGACUAUUUUGUUACCAUUUUCUCAUUAUUUAUUGGCAUUGUGUGUUCGUGAUUACUGAUUUCAUUUAAUUUUUAGAUUAUGAUGUUUUUAACAGGGUUUGUUGUAAUGACAAUAUUUGUAGAGAACAAUCUCCUUCAGCCUUAACACGUUCUUUCCUAAGAAUGACAUUGUUAUUCUAGUCCUACUAAUGAAACAUAAUUGCAAUUUAACGAAUUAACAAACGCGAGAGGCUCACUCAACUUUACUCCUAGGUAUCAUAAUUAUCUCGUGCUCUCGAAUGACUAGACUAAUCAUUCUACUGGUACUAUCCAAUAUUCUCGCGUUCAGUUUUGUGAUCACAUCACUUGAGACUGCAACUCUACAACUCCUGUAGGUGUUCAAUAAUCGCUCACUCAAGUGUCGAAGGUUUACGCAGUUGUAAUGAUUAGUAAAGUUAUUUCCAUGAUAUUCUCAGUUCCAGCAUCAAGUUGGAGUGAAGUAGAAUCAAAUUGUAGGAAAUUCAAUUGACUAUUUUUUUUUCUUAAGCAUGAUUUACUCCAGUAGAAGAAUUAAUUGAGACCACUUACACUACAACUGAAAAUAAAUUUGAAUUCAUGUCCAUUUGUUUUCAAGGUUUAUGAAAACCGUCUGAUAAUAGAGGUGCUAAAAAGUUUAUUGUAAAUAAUUUUCAAUAUUUCCCAGCUCAUUGAAAAAGAGCAGUUUUUGUUCCCCUUACUGUUAGAAAUUACAUAGAAAUAAUAAUCAACUCUUGUCAUUUCUUUAUUAAUGCUUGAGAUUUGCAGGACAGUCGAUAGAAUUGAAAAAAUGUAAUGUAAAUGGCUGAAGCGCUCAAAGUUGUACAGAAAUCUUCGGUUGUGCAACAAUUCCACAUAACAGUUGACUAUAUUGAAUUAAUUAAUUCUUAAGUGACAAUGAGGUAUAAUGAGUCAAAGAAAACCUUACUUAAUUGAGCGCUUUCAAGUAGGUUACGGAUCACGUAUCUUGACAAAUUUUAAAUAAAUCAAUAUAUUGCAGUA